AUGGUGGUUUCAGACGCUGGUAAUUGGUGCCUCAUUGAGAAUCCGGGGGUGUUCACUGACCUAAUUAACAAGUUUGGGGUCAAGGGUGUCCAGGUUGAAGAGUUAUGGAGUCUUGAUGAAGAAUCCUUUGCCAAACUCAAGCCAGUGCAUGGGCUGAUCUUCCUGUUCAAAUGGCAGCAGGAAGAGCAGCCUUCUGGUACAGUUGUCCAGGAUAAUCGCCUGGAUAAGAUAUUCUUUGCUAAACAGAUGAUAAACAAUGCCUGUGCAACACAAGCAAUUCUGUCCAUAUUGUUAAACACCAAGCAUCAAGAUGUACAGCUAGGUCCAACAUUAUCAGAAUUUAAGGAAUUCACACAGACCUUUGAUGCUCACAUGAAAGGCUUAGCUCUUUCCAAUUCGGAUACAAUUCGGAACGUUCAUAAUUCGUUUGCUAGGCAAACCCUUUUUGAAUUUGAAAGCAAGCAGCCCAGUGAAGAUGAUGAUGUAUAUCAUUUUAUUGGAUAUAUUCCUGUUGAGGGGCGUCUCUAUGAGCUUGAUGGCCUCAAGGAUGGACCAAUAGACUUAGGCCCCAUUUCCCCCGGCACAGACUGGCUCACAGUGGUGCAGCCCGUUAUCCAACAGAGAAUUCAGAAGUUUGGAGAAGGAGAAAUUCAUUUUAAUUUGAUGGCACUGGUUAGCGACAGGAAGAUGGUCAUUGAACGUUCUAUUGCCCAACUCCAAAAACAGAUUGAGGAGAGUGGCAUGGACACCUCAGUCCACGAAGAGGAGCUGGCACAACUCCGAGCUUCCUUGGAGAGUGAAGAAGGCAAGAGAUCAAGGUGGCAGGUGGAGAACAUCCGCCGCAAGCACAACUACCUUCCCCUCAUAGUCAAUAUGAUGAAAAUUUUAGCUGAGGAAGGGAAGCUGCUCCCGAUUUAUCAUGCUGCUAGAGAAAAGGCUCGAGCCCGCCACGAGAAGGAGAAGGAGAGGAAAAAGGAGAAGGCCAGUGCUUGACAGGGAAAAUUAAUUCCAGUAAUAAGCCAAAAAUUUGAGCCAAAUCCAUGUUAUCAUAGUGCUGGAGAUAUUGAAACAAUGGUUGCUGUGUCCAGAGUGUAAUAUCCAUGGAUUAUGUAUACAACAACAGAAAAUGUGUGAAUGCACUUAGAAAAGUGAGCACAUUAGAAACAAUUUUUGAGUUCAGUGUUUUCAAGUUAGCUAUUUAUUUGAGGAAUAUUUCAAAUGCUGGGAUCUUCUUGCGUGAAGAAGUUCUGAAUUUCAAAUACCAGAUAGUGAAUUGUUAUCAAAGACUGACAUUAGAUUACCAGUAGAAACUGAAUGUUGUGAAAAAGAUUUAGACUAUUUAAAUUAGAUUUUCUAUAUGAGAACCUGAGAGUAUACUUUUUGAGAGUAAUAUAAUAGUGAUUUUAUAUUAUUCCAAGUGUUUAAAUUGUGAGAAUGACAGUUGUAAAGGCAAUGUGCUAAGUGACUAAUAAAAUAGUGCAUGGUA